AAACGGAGCCGUCCAGGAACCGAACAGCCCGGGUCCUCUGUAAAACUUAGACACUCGGGCAGUCGGGUAACGGCGCUAGUCUAAGUAAAUCAUGGCUAUCCCACAGCUCCCUAAUGUGGAUGGCCUGCUGGUGACAGCGGACAACCCAGCCCGGGCUGACUUAUUAGGGAUUGGGAUGGAUCAUGCACGCUGUGCAGCUCUCCACAACUACCUCAUUCACAAUGCCUGGAUUUCCGAAGGCCGCCCACCAGCUGCUCUGCAUGGCAACAACAUCAACACCUACUUCACCACUCACGGUGGCGCCGCUGAAGCUCUCCGUCCACGGCUUCACCCCUCACUAGCUGCCUUCCUCGACGACGCCAGGCUACCUCCAGACGGCCUUGAGCGCGCACCCUUUUUCUUCUGGGCCAACGAAUUCACGAGCCCGGGCGAGUUUUUCGCGGAACCGGAGGCGGACUUAUUCGACGAACCGGCAGACAGUCUGGUAUGCUUAUACUCUACCAACAUCGGCCAGGGCGGCUCAUCCGGCGGCGGCCUAUUCUACCACCAAGGCAUCCACCGCGCCGCCGUCUUCAUGCACAUGGACGACCACGACUUCGCGCUCCCCGUCCAAGCGCACCUGGAGCUCUGGCAUCCCCUCGAGACCGUGCUCUCCAACUGGAUCGAGCUUAUCCGUCUCGGCAAGAUCACGGCCUCGCCCAGGGAAGCGGCCCCCCUGUUCGUCGGCGAGAAGAUCGGGCCCUGGGAAUGGCACCCCUACAGCGAGGCUCAAGUCAAUUCUUGUGUCCAUGCAUGGGACCGGCUAUGUAAUGCCAUCGAGUCACGUAUGCCGCCAUCACCCAGCACCCCCGCAAAUCCACCCGAACCCGAACCCGAACCCCUACUCGCACCUCCGGCCCUAGACGCAGCAUCAAUCCCCUCACCCAGUUUCGCGCGGGCCUUCCUAUCCCGCGCCCGCCGCCCGCACUUCCGCUCCAUCGCCCCCGGCCUGCUCCUCCCACCCGCCUCCGCAGCCUCAUUCACCGCAUCCCAGCCCUUCACCCAUCUCCCACAUCCCCCACAGGUCGUCCCCCCAGUCUGCAUCUUCCCCGCCGCAAACAGCGAUCUCCAGGCCGAUGUAACAGGCUGGCUAAACCCCUUCCACGAAGCCUUCCGCGAGCCCCCCGCUCCAUCCCGGGUCCCGGCCGGGGUGUACACCGAGUCCGUCGACCGAAGCGUCCUCGACACCGCCGAGGAGGGGUUCCGGCUUCUCCUCCCGUACGGGUUGCACGGCGAUUCCGCGCGGAAAAGCGAUGGGUCGGGUGUUAGUGCGGGCUCGGCGACGGAGCUGUUUCAGCAUGGGUAUAAGCCUUUCGGUGGCGAUUACUACCGUCCUCAACGCCUGGAACGCCUGCUCGAUCACUGGUGUGGGCUGGUUGUUCGGGGUGUCUGGGAUGUUGGGCCCCGCGGCGUUGAGGGGGAGGUUGAGAGGUUUAGAGAGGCGGAUGGGGCGGCGCGGUGGAGGGAUUAUGUUAUUUCGCCGACUUGGUAGACGGUCGUUUCGCGCUUGAUGCCUUUGGCUGAGAUGCGGUGCUGGUGAUGGUAUACGCCGAUCGAAUGACUGACUAACCCGCCUAACUCACGAUUCUAUUUUCCGAAUUACUUUUCUUGGGAAAUUUUGGGAUUUAUUUCUACCAUUUAUUUUUCUAUUUCCUGUCAACUGAACAACCGAAGAGCUAGGUAGGUAGUCAUAAUGCCACUACCAGCUCUAUUGUCUUUCAUAUCAAAUUCCUUUAACCCUGAAUAUGGGUCAGAGAUCCUCGUCAUCUAUUCUCAGGGUUGAUUUGUAACGAAUCUACCAUCAAACCACAUAAGAACCAUGGGAGUUUUGGGAGGUUGAGUUACUGGCUUAGACUACGGUUUGAGAAGAUGAACGCAGUAAGUGAAAAGAUUUUUAUAUUCCGGUUUUAUCUUACA